AUGAAAUAUAAUGCACAUCUGAAGUCUUAUUAUCACUACGAAUACCUUAAAAGGCUUAAAGAUGAUGAUACAAACAUAUUUCCUCGAGAUACUCCGACGGAAAAUCCAAAAAUAUGCAUCAUCGGUGCCGGAGCAGCAGGUUUAUUCUCAGCUCUUCUCUUGAAAGAGGCCGGAAUCAAGGACAUUACCAUUCUUGAAUAUCAAGAUCGUAUUGGUGGACGUGUGCGUACUCACUACUUUACCAAUGACCCUGAUGACGAAAGGCGUUUAUACGGUGAACUUGGUGCAAUGAGGUUACCUUACGUUGAAGGUCGUCCAGAUCUCUCCCCCCAUCAAUUAAUGUUUGAUACAAUUGAUUACCUGAACGAUUACAAUAAGGAUGACCAAAAGAAACAGAUCCACACCAUCCCCUUCAUAUUUAGUGAUUCAAAUGCCAUACAAUAUUUCAACAACAAAAAAGAUCAUAAUGGUAAUAUGAUGACCAAAAAUUACUAUGCGACCGUAGAAAUCAGUCAGCUAGGAUACCCUGAUACUAUCCCAUCCAACUUUCUCGAUCUUUGGAAUGAAGCAUUAAUGCCCUUCUUUGACGUGUUAAACACCGAUUUCACAAAAGGACUUAAAAUGUUAAAACGUUACGAUGAACAUUCCACCUAUUCUUAUCUAAGGCAAGUCUUUCUUCCUGAAAGAUUGCCGAAUGAAAAGGCGGAAGUUUAUGAUGAAAUUAUAAGUGCUAUUGAAUUGCAAUUAUUUGUUUUGAGUUUUGUUGAUAUGGCCAUUGCAUCUUAUACCUUUGACAAUCUUAAAUAUCCUCUAACCUGGAAAACCAUUGAUAAGGGAUUGCAACGAUUUCCAAACGCCUUUUUACCUUUAAUCAAAAAGGAAAAGAUGGACCUAAGAUACAACAGCGAAGUUUACAAAUUAGAAAAUACUAAUAAUGGUGAAAAAGUUAAGGUGUAUUGGAAAUCCAAGGGAAAGAAAGAAUUCGAGGUAUUUGAUAGGGUGAUUGUCACUCCUCCAUUGGGUGUCGUCCGUCAUUGGGAUCUACCUUCAACAUUAUCAUAUGGCAAACGACGUGCAAUUCGUGAAUUGAAUUAUGCGGCAUCAGGAAAGAUAUUUCUUCAAUUCAAAUCUCGCUUCUGGGAAACAAACGGACAGCCAACGACUUCCGGUGCUGGAAUCGUCGGUGGUACUUCAUCGACCGAUCUUCCGGUUCGUACAGUUGUUUAUCCUUCAUAUUACCAAGGUAUACCACCGAAUAAUUCCGCGGUUCUCUUAGCAUCUUAUACUUGGAAAAAGGAUGCGGAAAAAUACGGUCCAUUCAGCGAGGAAGAAAUGUUUGAACUUGCAUUAAAAGACAUUGUAACACUUCAUGGAGAUAUAGCACUCAAAGAAUGGAUUCCGGGCAAAGAGAAUAAUAAGGCAAUUUAUUGGCCGAAUGAUAAAACCGCUGGCGGAGGGGCCUUUGCAGAAUUUGGACCCGCUCAAUUUGGAGAAUUGAUGGAAUCUAUGAUGAAAUCGGAAGAUUAUAUCCAUUGGGCUGGGGAGCAUACCGAUAUAUUUCACGCUUGGAUUGUUGGAGCUUUAAAUUCCGGCGUUAGAGUAGUUAGAGAGGUCUUGCUUAAAAAUUUGAUGAAGGAUAGAUAG